AUGCUGAGCAGAAAGGGGUCUAGUGCAGGGAUGAUGACCGCUGCCGCAGCGGGAAUAGACCGCAGCAGGGUCGGGGAGAGGCUGCAGGCUGCUCUGGCCGGGCUGCAGGAGCUGCAUCUGCUGAAGGACAGGCAGAGCGACAUGGUGAGCUGGGCGCUGCGCAUGGACCGAGAGGAGCCGCCCGCUGCUGUCCACGCAGGCCCGGAGACUCCCCGGAUGAUGGGGGCUGAGGAACAGCGGCUGGAGGCGACCCUGACAACCCUGAAGCAACAGCUGUCUCGUCUUCGGAAACAGGAUGUAGGCCUAAAGACUCACUUGCAGCAGCUGGAUCAACAGAUCAGUGAGUUGAAGCUGGAUGUGAGCAAGGCCUCCACAGAGCAGUUGGAGAGUGACAGCAGGCCAAGUUCAGGCUUCUAUGAGCUCAGCGAUGGCGGCUCUUGCUCACUGUCCAACUCCUGCACCUCUGUGUACAGCGAGUGCCUGUCAUCCUCCCAGACAAGCCUUCUCCUCCUUCCCACGAGCCCUGCUAAUUCCCACAUCAGCCCGCCAUCACACGUAUGUCGCCGGCGUUCCGCUGACGAGAGCACUACCCAGCCCAACCCGCCGCGGGCCACGGGCUUCCACCUGGGCAGCAGCAGGAUCCGAGCGAGCAGCGAAAAGGCACGGCCAAGACCUGUGUCAACAGGUGAUCUUGAUAAGAUGAUGGCUCAAGGACCAAUCUACUGCAAAUCUGUUGAUGCAAAGAAACCCUCAAUGUGCUCAAACCUGAAGACCACCACAGUGGAUCCCAAGUUCCACAGCAACCUGGUGUCCCGCAGCGGGAUGGAGGUGUACCACUACCCCAGCCCCCUGCACGCUGUGGCUCUCCAGAGCCCAAUCUUUUUCCAUGGUGGCGAUCCAGCCACACCUGGACUUCUAGAGGGACAAGGACCCCCUACGAACGGUGACACCCUCCAAAGAGCACAAAUGGGCUAUGAGACCAAGACUCUGGGUUACAUUGACAAGCUCCUCCUGCGCAGCUUGAACAAAAUCCAGAGUGAAACGAGCACAGAGACUCUGCAGAAACACAGCGACAAUCCCAGCAGGCCUACUACUGAACUUUUAACUGUGUUUUCUCACGGGUCUCAGAAAGAGGUGUCUGUGCUGCAGCCUCUUCCAGCCCAGACCACAAACAUUAUCCCACUUGAUAGCGACCCAAAGAGACACUGCAUGACAUUCUCCAGCCAAGAGCAAGCAGAUAACAAAACCCACAAUCAGUCAGUGAGAGCCCCAGAGGUUUCACACCUAUACUCCUAUCCUGCUGCCAUGAGGGAGUACAGCUCUGAUGAGGUCUCCACUUUAUCCAUGAGAAAGAAUGAUAAAGGUGAAUAUGCUAGUGAGGCAAAAGGCAAUUCAAAUACUAUAUGUGGGAAUCAUCCAGAGUCAAUGCCACAAGAAAAGAAGAGCAAUAGGCAAAGAUCGGUGAUGGCCCACAGCUCCAGCACAGAGGAGAGUCAAAGCGUUGAGGUUCAUGCUGGUCACAGAGCUUCCCCAGAGUUUGUUCAUGCCAAAUUUGUCCCUGCUGAAUCUCAGAGGGUCAAAGUGAGACAGGCAGACCGUAAAACCAAAGCCGUGAAACUGAGAAGAAAAAGCAGCGAGAAACCUCGAGCAAUGAGGCAGCAACAAGGCUACUCCUCGGGGGAAAGGACCAGAGAGGCUAGUGGCGGACCCAAGGGGGAACAGAGAAGAUCGGGAAAAGUGAUCCAGAAAUGUACCACCUGUCACACAGAGGAGCGCAGACAGGGCUCAGGCUCAGACUCCAGCCACUGUAGCCCUGGACUCAUGUACACCCACAAGGCCCAUCCCAAGCCACAUCCCAUCCCUGUUGUUACGAAGUCAAGCAAAAGCCGCAGACUGCAGUGCCUGGAGUAUGAGCAGCCUGUAGAGCAGAGGAAAAGAAGGGAGGGGGCUCCCAAAUGGCCGUCCGAUGUGGAGAUGUUCCAGGUCUCAUGUGCUCAGCGUCAGAGGUCCAAAGAGCGCCAUGUUCAGGCACCAGGGAGCAUGCAGUUGGUCCGCAGUAUGAGUGCCAAGUCAGGCCAGUGGAUAGGACCUCCUCGCUCCUUCCAAUCCUCCAUGUCCUCCAACUCUUUCUUACAAAAUCUAAAUGCCAGAUACCCUCCAGCAGCCUUCCACAUGUCCAGCAACUACCCACCCAGAUGUGAGUCUGAGUACUCGGCUGAAUGCGCCUCACUGUUUCACUCCACCAUUGCUGAAAGCAGCGAGGGGGAGAUGAGUGAUAACACCACCAACCGCUUCGGAGACAGUGAGUCCAGCCAGAGCUUCCAGUCCUUCUCGGACUCUGACAGCAGCCUUUCCCUGGACGAGGAGGACCAGGUGGACAGCCAAGAGGAGAGAGGGUUAGUGUGGGCUCAGGCCGCUCUGGGGCCCACCGCAGCUGGACAGCCCCUUCAGCAGCUCCCACGCCCCGAGCCGUCAGCCUGCCGCAUCAAAGCUUCCCGAGCCCUGAAGAAAAAGAUUCGUCGAUUCCAGCCGGCCUCCCUUAAGGUCAUGACCCUUGUGUAGCAAAGUUCCCCCUGGGCAGAGUGUGAACUGUAGGGAAAACACAGAGAGCUGUGGUCUUGGAGCUCAACCCCCCCUAAUCAUCACUGAAAAGCAGCAAUUAAACUGGACUGCAUCUGUGCACUGAUUGUUUUGUUAAACUUACAGAAAAUGGCAAGAAUUUACAAUGGUUGAACCUGAAACUGUAAAAAUGGCGCAUGGUACUAAAGCAUGUAUAACCCAUUUAUUACACUAACACUUAAUUUGUAAAUAUUUAUGCUGUUAUUAAAGUUUAUCAUAGCAUGUGGCUGUAUUUGGCAAUUUCAUGGACAUUUUUUGUCAUAUAAUUGUAUGUACCUGAGAAAUAAAAACAAUCUUUUUACAUUUUCUAUUGCAAAUAACUAUUAAUUUUCUCUUCAUUUUUCUCAUUGAUUAUAACUAUCCAUACCUGUCUUAUUAGAAUAAACAUAUUUGAUAUAUA